CCGAGGAGACGGGCUCCACACAGACGCUGAAGGGACGCUGUUUGUUUUUUUCCUCCCAGCCGUCGAGCUGCUCCCCCGUUUGGCUUCAGUAUAAACUGCACACGUUUUCCUGUGAGGAGGGAAUGAGCAGCGGGGGAAAUCCGCGGUGACUUUUCGGGAGGAAGGAGAAAGUGGCCCCUGGUGCCAGCAGGGCAGCGCAGAGGAUCAUCCCUGGAUCCCUGGAUCUGUGGAGGAAAGCGAGCUUUACUGCUUUAUGCUGCCUCGGAAAUAACACCACAGUGCCAAGAUGGACCUGAAGCUACUCUUGAUAUCGGCCUUGUUAGGAGUCUUCUGUAAUGCUCAGAAAGAGGGGAACGAGUGCAUCAAUGCCAACGCCAAAUACUGCGGGGAGUGCAUCCAGGCUGGAGCCAAAUGUGGCUGGUGUACAGAUCCAGACUUCCUGAAACAGGGCGAGACUGUGUCGUCACGGUGCGAUGAGCUGCAGUCUCUGUUGAAAAGGGGAUGUACAGAGGAACUGAUUGAGAACCCGCGUGGAGGACAGACGAUCCUUCAGGACAAAAAGGUGACAAAUCGCAGAAAGGGACCAGGCAAACUGAAACCAGAGGAAAUCACUCAGAUCCAGCCCCAGAAGCUCAGCCUCACCCUCCGAUCUGGAGAGCCACAAUCUUUCGACUUGACGUUCAAACGAGCGGAAGAUUAUCCCAUCGACCUGUACUACUUGAUGGACCUGUCCUACUCCAUGAAGGACGAUCUGGAGAAUGUCAAGAACCUGGGAACCAGUUUGAUGCUGGAGAUGUCAAAGAUCACCUCUGACUUUAGGAUAGGCUUUGGUUCCUUUGUGGAGAAGACAGUCAUGCCUUACAUCAGCACCACCCCGGCCAAGCUGCUGAACCCAUGCACCGGCGACCAGAACUGCACCAGCCCCUUCAGCUACAAGAACGUCCUGAAGCUGACCAGCGACGGCAAGAAGUUCAACACCCUGGUGGGUCAGCAGCACAUCUCCGGAAACCUGGAUUCACCUGAGGGGGGCUUCGAUGCCAUCAUGCAAGUGGCUGUGUGUGGGGAUCAGAUCGGUUGGAGGAAUGUGACUCGCUUGCUGGUGUUCUCCACUGACGCCGGCUUCCACUUUGCCGGAGAUGGCAAGCUGGGUGGAAUCGUACUGCCCAACGAUGGAAAAUGCCACUUGGAGAACAACGUGUAUACCAUGAGCCACUACUAUGACUAUCCCUCCAUUGCUCACCUGGUUCAGAAGCUGAGCGACAACAACAUUCAGACCAUCUUUGCAGUCACAGAGGAGUUCCAGCCUGUUUACCAAGAGCUGAAAAAUCUGAUACCAAAGUCUGCAGUGGGAACCCUGUCUGCCAACUCAAGCAAUGUAAUCAACCUCAUUAUAGAUGCCUACAAUUCUCUCUCCUCCGAGGUCAUUCUGGAGAACAGCAAGCUUCCAGACGGAGUGACCAUAGCUUACACCUCCCGCUGUAAGAACGGGGUGGUUAGCGAGGGAGAAAGUGGACGCAAGUGCUCCAAUAUCUCCAUUGGAGAUGAGGUCACAUUUACCAUCAGCGUAACAUCUAAGGGCUGUCCAAAGGCUGAGACCAUCAAGAUAAAACCUCUGGGAUUCACAGAGGAGGUGGAGAUUACUCUCAAAUUCAUCUGCGAGUGUGAUUGCCACAAAGAUGGCAUCGAGAACAGUGACCUCUGCCACUUUGGCCACGGGACUUAUGAAUGUGGAGCCUGCAAAUGUAAUGAAGGACGUGUAGGCAGACAGUGCGAGUGCAGCAGCAACGACGUGGCAACAGAGGAUAUGGACCGGACCUGCCGCAAAGACAACGGCACCGACAUCUGCAGCAACAACGGAGACUGCGUGUGCGGCACAUGUGAGUGCAAGAAGAGAGACAACCCCGAGGAGAGGUACAGCGGGCAGUACUGCGAGUGUGACAACUUCAACUGUGACCGCUCUGGAAACAAGCUGUGUGGAGGACAUGGACGCUGUGAGUGCAGGGUGUGUAUCUGUGAACCCAAUUGGACCGGGAGUGCCUGUGACUGCUCUCUGGAUACCAACACGUGUCUGGCAAGCAAUAAGCAGAUCUGUAACGGUAGAGGGAAGUGCGAGUGUGGCACCUGUAAGUGCACCGACCCCAAAUUCCAGGGUCCCACCUGUGAAACCUGCCCCACCUGUCCAGGAGUGUGUGACGAACACAAAGAGUGCGUCCAGUGUCGGGCCUUCGGCACGGGCGAGAAGAAGGACACGUGCGAACGCGACUGCAGCGACUUCAACCUGAUUAAAGUGAAGGACAGGGACAAGCUGCCUCAACCCAAUGACGCCUCCUACCCUGUGAUGCACUGCAAGGAGAGAGACGCCAAUGACUGCUGGUUCUACUACACCUACGCCGUCAACAACAACACGGAGAAGGAGGUCCAUGUGGUGGACACUCUGGACUGCCCCGCCGGCCCUGACAUCAUCCCCAUCGUGGCGGGGGUGGUCGCCGGCAUCGUCCUCAUCGGCUUAGCCCUGCUGCUCAUCUGGAAACUGCUGAUGAUCAUCCACGACAGGAGAGAGUUCGCCAAGUUUGAGAAGGAGAAGAUGAACGCCAAAUGGGAUACGGGUGAAAAUCCCAUCUACAAAAGUGCCGUCACAACUGUGGUCAAUCCCAAAUACGAAGGCAAAUGAUGGCGCCGUUUUUUUCCCAACGAACUCUGCUAUCAAGUGUUUGACGACUGCAGUGUUUACCGUAGGUUUUGGUUCUGAAGGGGAACUCGAGGUGGAAUUUAUGUCGUUUCCUCUUGUCGCUUUGUCACUAUAAUGUACCAUUCUGCCACUGCAUCUGUAUUUUUACUAACACAUAUGAUUUAUAUGCUUUUUGUUGUAUUUUAGAUGUACAGUAUACAAUAUGUGUAUAUACUUUUUAAGUUGCAUAUUUGCAGAAGUUGAAGGAGUUUGUAUUCCUGCCACAGGACUGGUAUGGGCAGAGGAUUUAGCUUUUUUUAAACAACAUAAAGUGGACAACAUGGAUAUUUAAUAUGUCCAAGAAUUCUUCAGCUUCUGUCUCUUCCUCAGACACUUUCUGUUUUUUGUCCUUCAGCUUCUUGUUUCCUCUCCUCUGUUUCUCUCUGUGCACUGACUUCCUGUGUGUUUGUGUGUUCCAAAUAGGACCUGAGUCUAAUAUGUAAAUCGUCAGUCGUAGCAGCACAUUACGUCAAAGUGUAUGUGUAUAUAUAGAAAGCAGCUGCAAUAGGAAUAAUAUUAAGCAUUCAACUCAGAUUGGACAAUUGUGUAGAAUCACAAUAGAUCAUGCAGUGGUGACUAGUUGUAAAUGUAGUUUUGAACUGCAGCUUAGAAACAUCCAACGUUGAAGGUUUUAUUGCACUCUUAUUGAGUACUGUUGUUUUAACUUGAAGGAUUUAAUACAUGAGAUGAAGAUUAAUAUCAACUGUCAUUUGUAUGGUUGAUAUACUAUCACAAAGGGACUGUAUACCACUUGUUGAAAUUAUGAAAUUACAGCGAUGUUGAACAAUCAAAAGAUUUGUUAUGAUACAAGUUGCAAUUAACUAAUGACAUGCUGUUUUUUCUAACUACAGUGACUUUAUUACUCAUUCUCAGGUCCUUUCCUGUGUCUUGUCAAGCGCGCCAAAAAUAUGUCAUGAUGUUUUUCUGUCAGCUUGUUCAGUGAUCUCAUUUGGGAGAGGCCAUAUGAGAUGUUUUGUGUGUUACUUUUUUUUUCAGAACGUAAGACUCAAACAAGAGUAUUUCAGUUUGUUCAGACGUCAGAUGAAUCACCUCCGAAAUGUAUUUGCACCCAAAUGCCUAUGAACUAUCACACUCAAGCCUUUACAGUAUUG